AUGCAAAUACAACAAAGUAUCUUUUUCUUAGUGUUGCUAUUAACAAAAACUGAAAGUUUCACUCAGUUUCAUCAAAGUCGUACAAAACGAGCAACAACAAAUGACUGUUGUAUUUCAGCUAAACUUAAUGUUGCUGCAAAAAAAGCAAAUAGUGGUCGAAAUUUUUUUCAACAAUUAGCAACCGAAGCUAAUUCACAUACACUUGUUAAGCCAGAAAAUAUGUGUAAUUUAAUACAUUUUCUUAUUCAACAAGCAUCACUUAAUAAUAAAUCAGUUUCAUUCGGGAAAGGUAUGUUUGUUAUUUUUGAUUCAACAAAUCAAAUAUUUGAUCGAUUAAUGAAAGCAAAACAUGAGCAAAAAGCUGGUGAUGGAUCACAACAUGCAGGUUAUUUUAAACGUUUUAAACAUAUGGGUGAACAAGCUAUUCAUUCAUUAUUUAAAAACUCAAAAAAAUCAAAGAAUAAAUCUGGUCUAAUUGAAUCCGAUACAUUUAUUUAUGUACGUGGAGAUGAAAGUUCACAUUAUCAUGGAGAACGAGGUUCGAAAUGGGACCGUUCACGUGAUUAUCCUGCUUAUGGAAUGGAUAUUCCUGGUGCUUGUAUGCCUAGUGGUUUCGGUCAUAUACUUUUUGGUGAACUUCCACCAAUUCGUAGUCAAGGUAAAUAUGCUGGUGAACGUAUUUAUAUAAAACCAGAAUUUUUUGGUAUCCGUCAAUUAAAACAUUUUAUUAAACAUACACAAUCUUAUCUUAGUCAUAUAUCAAGAAAAUAUGUAUGUCAAUUAAAAGAUAUGCAAACAAAACCUGGUUGUUCAAAAGAAGAUGCAUUUCGUGAAAAUACAGAUAAAAAGUUAUUAGAUAAAUGGAAAAAAGUUUUAAUGACAAUUCCAACUGUAUGGAAUGUUGAUGAACAAUAUAUGAAAAAUGCAACUAAAUAUGGAAUUGGAGAAAUUGAUCGACAAGCUAAAGAACUAGAAGCAAUGGGAUAUAAAGAUAAAAUAAAAGAGUUUCGUGAAACAAUGAUUAAACAAUAUGGAGAAGAUGAUUUAGGUGUACGAAAAGGUCGAGAAAUUAUAUUUACAACACAAGGAUUAUUAGAUAGUCCACUUACAUGUGAAUUAUUUGAUCGUUAUAUUGUUUCUUAUGUAUCAUUAAAUAAUUUCUUCGUUACUAUGGUUGAACAGUCAAAUAUAACGGGUGUAGAUGUUCUACUUGGUUCACGUCUUAUACCAGAAAAUAUUGUUCGUAAUCAACCAGAUCAACUUGAGGGUGUACUACUUCAAAUUAAUGGUCAUAAGGAAGCAAUACCUAUUGAACAUCGUGUUGCUGAUGGACACGUUUCGAGUAUAACUCAAAAUAGUAGUAUUAAUUUAGCAUGGCGUAGUGCUCUUGUUCAUGUGGUCUAUGCUCGGGCAUGGCUUGAUGAAACAUCUACUAAAGAACAACAAAAACUUGCUAAACAUAUUACAAAACAAGUAGAAAUUUUACAAAUAAUGACAGGAGAUUGUCAACUAGAUGCAUAUAUGAAUGAAGUUGAUCCAAAUGAACCAGAUUGA